CACUUGAUGAAUAACUUUAUUAAAUCAGCAAAACAGUACAGACCUGACUUGUGUACAGAGAAGGUGUAUGUGUUCUUCACUGCAAGAUCAUUUCAAAAAUUGAUCUUAUCACUCGUUUCAAAAGUUUCGUGAGCUCUCAAUUUAUCGGAAAACGGAAAAUUUAAGGAAGCUGGGUGAAAGGCGACAUGUUGGCGGUCAUGUCCGGGGUCAAGAGGGAGCGCCCACCCACGCCACAUCCCCUACCUCCCAUGCCCCUGCGCCCCGAACCCCCGCGGGCACACCACCCACCCCUCCGUCGCCCCCUCCGGCUCCCUCACAAGAGCCUUUAAAUUUUUCGCGUCCGAAGCCCCCUUCGUCGCCCCCUGAGCUGGCUCCCCCUCCGACGAGCCUUCACGCCCGCUUGGGCUUGGAGAUGGCUAGGGCGGGACUCGGCGGGGGUGGAGGAGGACGCUUGGGCAUGUUAGGUGAGCAUCACGGCCGGGUGGGCGGCCUCGUGCCCCCCCUCCUGCCUGCCUCGUCGCUGUUCCCCCAUCUGAACUUUGGCCUCGGCCACGACGACGGCGAGGAGCGGGGCCUGAAGCGGCCGCUGGAGGAGGAUCUCGAGCCGCACCAUCUAGACCUCUCGCCUUUCGAGGCUCACCACCAGCGCCCGAUCACCCUCCAGCCGCCCCACCUCGAGGAGCCCCGCCGGAAGCAACGCCGAUAUCGAACCACCUUCACCACGUACCAGCUGGAGGAAAUGGAGAAGGUGUUCCUCAAGACGCAAUACCCGGACGUCGUCACCAGAGAAGAAUUGGCCAUGAAAAUAGGUCUGACUGAGGCGCGGAUCCAAGUAUGGUUUCAGAAUCGGCGGGCGAAGUGGAGGAAGCAAGAGAAAGGACUCACGGCCGCGGGCGGGAGCGCCUCCUUGUCAUCGCCCUACUCCUCCUUGGCCUCGAAGCUGGCCGCCUUCCCGGGCUACCCUCGCCCUCCUACCACUAAGACGCACGACCCUCGCUUUCCGUCUCUCCUCUAUUCUCACGCCUCCUCUUCCACCUCCUCUACACCUUCACCCUCUUCUUCCAUCUCCUCUUCCUCCACUUCCUCCUCUUCCGCAGCCGCAGCCGCCCAAGCUGUGUUUCAGCCGCUGCUUCCUUUGAUGAGGGACCCUCGUGCUUCCGCCGCAGCUGCUUAUAGGUAUCCUCUCCUGGGGCACCUGGGAAGCCCUCUCUUAUAUCCGUCAUCGUUCCACGCGCUCUUGGCCCAACUGUCCGCCCACCACAAGGCUGAAACCGCUCAAGAAGGCGCCCACCAAAAGAACGAAAACGCCCCCGACGAUGCCCACGUGUCUGCAGGCCACAACGGACCAUCUGAUUCUGACCGUCACGAAACUCCUUCCAAGAGGGGUGACCAACACGCCUUGACAGAGCCCCAAGGCACGCAGAUGGAGGAAAAGGAGGAAGAGGGAGAGGAGGACGAAGAGAAGGACGAAGUGGCAGAAGAGUUGAGGCAGGCAGAAGUGAGUGCCCAGGGACGCGAAAGUCCAGGAAGAGGAGGUUUUCCGGGUCUGGAUCCCAAACCCUCUGAGGUGCCGCGCCCACCUCUGGAUGUAAAAUCCUUAGCAACUCUGCGCGCCCUUGACCAGUACCGUACAUUGGAUUUACGCGCCCUAGAGGAUUACCGACGGGCUUUGGAACUGCGCACACUUGAAGCCCGCGCAGCCCAGUAUGGGCCGCAUAUGCAUCAGGAGGCCCCUAACCAUCAGCCGUCCGGAAGGUCCACGCCCUCGCCCGGUCCCUCGCCCUCCACCCACACGCCCCCCGAAUCCCCGGCGUGCAACGAAGAGACGCUCUUUGGGAAGCGCCCUGAGUACAACAUCGAUUCACUGUUGAAGAAGGAAGCAUAACUGCAACAAGGGAAUACGACCAUGCAACUCCAGAAAAAAAAAGGAAAAAGGAAAAACUACCUCCGCUAUGUAAUAUUUUGCUAACAAAUUGCUAUUUAUUUGUCCACAAUUGUUAUCAUUAAUGUUAGUAGUAUGUAAAUGCAUUAAUUCUUCUGUCACCCUUUCUAAAGCAUAUCUUCACAUGUGUAUAUCCAAAGAAACAUCUCAGGGUCUUACACAGUCGACUUUUUAUUUAUAUUUUUCUUUAGUCUUUUACUUCUCAAGUCUGUGAAGAGGAAAGUAUACGAACUCAAGAAAACAAACCCACGAAGAGGCAGCUCAGGGAGUGUAACAUAUGAAGAAAAAGAGGAUUUUCCUAUCCAUAUAUUCAAAGACCAGCAAUCGUAUUUUUAAACCUGGUAGAUUUUUCCUUGUAUAAUAACAAAACUGUAAGCACAUAAUCUGCUUUGGAUAACUUAAACCAUAAUACACAAGCCCUAGGCUUUUUAGCUGUUAUCUCAUCUCUUUCUGUAUUUUUAGCUUUAGGGCUUUAUUGAUAUAAGUAAACUGCAGAUAACUUGAAGUACGUUCAUUAUAUUAGUGAUUACCUGUUCGUGGAUUUGUAUGUUGUGCUUUUCGUGGUAAUAAUUUGCUGUUUAAUAUGUUGUUUGUACAUGCUUAUUAGUUUACAUAUAUUCACCUUUUCAUACAAAUCCAAAUAAGAUGAUAGUAAUAUAGCUACUUACCAAAUAUAGUCUAUAAGCAUCCAUUACCUUACAUUCAGAGAGAGAGAAAAAUAAGGUUCAGUAUGCUACAUGUCCCAUAUUUCUGAAACACACAGUCGAUUUCAAUUAAAUUAUGGUGCUUCCGAAAAGGGCCCUCAACAUUGUUUGAUUCGAAACGCCAUUGUAU